GUCACUUCCGCCCCGUGCUGCGGAGUGUGAAGAUGGCGGAGCAGCAGGCCGCGGACUCGGAGCUGGACGAGCUGUUGGACAGUGCUCUUGAUGAUUUUGAGAAGACCAGUGCGCCUCGUGCGGCGCCUGAAGCCGCUGCAGCCUCCAGCGCAGAAGCGAAAAGUUCUGGGUCAAAGCCGCCUCUCCUGGAGGACAGUCAGUUCUUCGAAUCUCUGUUCGAGGGCGAGAUGGCGAACCAGGCGAAGGAGGAGUGGGAGAGAGCGAUGGCCGAACUGGCACAGGAGGAGCCGGAGCUGCUGCAGCAUUUCCAGAAACUCUCCGAGGCUGCGGGCAAAGUCGGAUCAGAUCCAGCUUCACAGCAGGAGUUCACCUCCUGUCUCAAAGAGACACUGAGCGGAUUAGCCAAAAACGCAGACAACCUGCAGGCUGCCGGACUGGCCGGAGACGAUCUGGCUAAGACUCUGGAAGGGCUGGGAUUGGAUGACGGUGAAGGAGCAGGGGAUGAUGGGAAUAUUCUGCCCAUCAUGCAGUCCAUCAUGCAGAACCUCCUGUCCAAGGAUGUCCUCUACCCGUCCCUCAAAGAGAUCACGGAGAAGUACCCUGAGUGGCUGAACAGUAACCGACAGUCUCUCCCGCCGGAGGAGCUCCACAGAUACGAACAGCAGCACAGGAUCAUGGGGGAGAUCUGCAGCCAGUUUGAGAGAGAUUCAGAUGGAGAGAGCAGCUUUGAGAACAUUCUGGAACUCAUGCAGAAGCUGCAGGACCUGGGCCAGCCGCCAAAAGAGCUCGCUGGAGAGGCACCCCCCGGUUUGAACUUCGAUCCCGAGUCUCUGCACCUCCCUGGUGGUCCGGGCGCGGCCGGCGGAGAGCAGUGUUCGGUGAUGUGAGGGAGCCAGGCUGUGCCGUGCUGCUCUGAGCUCCUCCUGAUUCAGGAUGGAGCUGAUGGAGUUUAUCUGAGUGAACACCCACAAAAACUCCUGUAAAACACCUCCUCCUCCUCCUCACUCUUCAUCUCCUUCAGCCGCUCCAGAGCGGUUCCUUAAACCGGUUUAAUGCAGCUUUGGGUUCACCUGUGGGCUGAUAUAUAUUGAUAAAAUCAAAUUUUGCACAUUUGCACCUGAUAAUGAGUCGAACGGCUAGAAGCCUGUGCCUCUGCUCUUAAUGACAGAGAAUUAGAAAACUGCAGGAGGUGGGUGGGUGUCAUGUUUGCAGUUCUGGCUGUUAGACGUCUUAAAGGAGGGAUGUUGGAUGAAUAAAUAUAGUAACCGUCAAUUUAAUAAGCUAUAAUUAAAUUACUGCUUUUAUAUAUAAUAAUUCAUCGUGUACAAUUGUUUGGAACAUACUGAAACCUAGUUAAAUUUCUUUUUCAGAACUGAUCAGUGACCAAAAAAGGAUUUUUUAAUAGGCGAGACCUUGAGAUGAGGGCCAAACUUCAUUGUUUCCCCAUCAUGAGCCCAUCUGUACUGUGACUAAAGUAGCCUUGUGUGUUUUCUCCAGUCAGUUUGUACUGAAAUUGCAUGUUGGAUGUUGUUUGCUUCCCUUAAAGGUGGGCGAGAUGGAUGUAAUUGGUCCGUUUUGCCUUCUAGCAUCUUUUCAACCUGUUUACAAAAGCAUUUUUGACACUAAAGCAGAAGAAGUGUCCAUUUUAAAGGAAUACCUGAGCGUUUUUCAACCUAGUGUCAUCAGUUAGCCACCACAGAUGCAGCUCCACUGACUGAAAUCACAUAUGUUGCUUACAUGAAUGUCAUGAGUUAAAUUAAUUGGAAAAUAUCUCUAUAUAUCUCUACAUAAUAAUCUCUAAUCAAUACUAAGAAAUUGUUCUUUUUGCUCACCAAAAUGCUGCCACGUAAAAUGCUAGCUAGGUGGCUUACAAUAGCUGCUAGCAAACAUUAGCAAACGUUAGCUAAUGUUGUUUUCACACAGGUUGUGACGGUCCCAGGGCGAAAUCGUUUUAAAGAAGGACCUUCUGGAUGAGGUGUAGUUGAGGUAGAAGUUAGCUGAACAGUCAGGUUGUGUUUGUAAUUGUUUUAUACGGCGGUGUUACAUAAAGCAGCCGCUGUCCCCAUUCACUAAGAUGCUAGAUACUGGCUAACUUGGCAGCUCACUGCUAUCACUGUAGCCAUGAAGUAAAACCCUGAAUAAAAUAAGGUGUAAAUGAUCCUAUUUUACACUGAAAGGCUGUCGCUGCAGUAGCUAAACAGGAUCUAAUGACUUAACCUACUGCAGUUUUCAGUUCUAUUAAAAUUAUGUGUAAUAUUUAAAAAGAAAAACACAUCGAAGUUUAAAUGCUAGCACUGUCUAAUGUAGAAAAGAGUCUUUUCCUCACAAGACCGAGCGCAUUAGAGGUAAAGCGUUCCUCAACAAUGGUAUAAUAAACAUAUUUAUUUGGUCUUUAUUGAUUCUCAGCCUAAAUUUUCCUCAUAUUAUUUUUACCACUCAAAAAUAACGCUCAUUUCAGCUAGCAUCUCUUUGAGAUGUUGUGUGAGUGCCAAGCCAACUGUAGUGAAUGUUCAUGGUUCCACUUACAUGGAAUAUAAUAAAGAAAAAUAUUUUUUGAUCCAUUCUUUAUUGGUUCUCUAUUGAUUCUCCAAUUAUUUUUUUUAAACCACUGCAAAAAAUAAUGCUACUUUACACUGGCCUCUAUGGGGUUUCUAGUGUAUAUUUACUGUUCCACUGUGCUUAUUACCACUAGUAGCAACUCUGCCUAAGACACGGACCUCUGAAACAUUGAUAGUGUUCUUCACAUUUUAUUAUGCAGUUUUACUGUGAAUAGUUCAUGCUCUUUCAGUGACGCGCACCAAAACUAUGAGUGCUAAUAGCUUCCUUUUGUGGAGGAUAUUGAAUUGUUUAUUAGAGUCACCAGGAUGAAUUCAGUAAAGGCCUCGUGAUUCUUUUUGUUUUGUGUAGGCCUGAUUUGACUGGGCAAUGGUUUCUAUUCUAAGUGUGUUUUGAGUCAGUGGCUUUUCCUGUACUUUGAUAGAAGACGUAUGGAAAACCCAUGUUGUCUGAGGUAAAAAGAUGCAACAAAUAGGUUGAAAUAAAUGCUGGAGUAUUCCUUUAAAGUCUACCCGAUCCUCUUACAGACCUGUAUUAUGUUAAGUGCUCCCAACAAGCCUCCAUGAAAAAAAAAAAAUAAUAAUAAUAAUAAUAGUGUCAUAUUGUACAGGUGACUGUGCUCCAGUGUGUUGUGUUAACUUUCCCAAACAUGACAUUUAACACCCAGAAUACCUCAGAUCAGUGGGUAGUGGUGUAAAAUGUUUAUUUUGGAAAAAGUGAGCUUUUAUUUUGAAAGCUGAGAGGAUGCAGAGUUUAAUAGGCUUUAAUAGGCUUGCAUGCACUCUUAAAGAUGGUUCUUCUAGGGUUCAUUAGUAAACAGUGGUUCUAUAUAGAACCAUAAACACUCAAAAAAACAUUUGCAUCCUUAAAUGGUUCUUUGCACGGUGAAACGGAUCUUCAGAUUUACAGAGAAUGUGUACAUGGUUCUGUAUAGCACCAGAAAGGGUCUGCAAUUGUAAAGAUGUCAAGUUUGUUACAAUAGCAGAACCCUUUUUGGUGCUGUAUAGAACCACAUACACAUUCUCCAUCAAUCUGGAUAACCAUUUCACCAUGCAGAGAACCAUUUAAGCAUGUAAAUGGUUCUUCAGGCGUUUAUGAUUCUAUAUAGAACCACUGUCGUUAAACCUAAAACUAAAAACCUUUGCAGGACCGUGUUUUUAAGAGCGCAGGCUGAACUCGCAUAUGAAGACUGAUAUUUAGGUGGAUUAAUAUGGGUUAUGGUUAAUAUGGAUUACAGUGAGAGACGAGCACAUAAGACGAACACUCAGGGGUUCAUUGAACACCCAAUGCACUUAAACCAGUCACACUGAAUUCAGCUGAAAACUGCGAACUCCCUCACAGUGAACACCUGGACCUGCUAUCAUCUACAGACUGUGAACAAAGUACAGAAUUACAGUGGAAGAAAUAAAAAAAAGAGAAAAGUU